CUUUUACCUCUUGCUUAGGCAGGGCCCUCAGCGACAUAACAAUGAAAUAUCCUAUCGCAGCUGUCGUGUCCGCACUCGCAGCCAGCGCUGCAGCUCUUCCCUUCCCCUCUUCGUAUACUCUUGUCGCAGAUGGAGGCUGGACUGUGGUCACCGACGGAACCCAUGCCUUCAUCGGCACCGGAGACAUUGACAACUACCCCGUCCUGAUCUUGAAAGGGGGUAACAACAACAGCAAAAUCACCGGCGCAGCGCAACACCGCUCCUCCGCCGGCGUACAACAUCUCUACGUCAUGGGGAGUACGGACGCGCCCGUGACGCUGACGAGCCCCGACGCCGAUGCCCCCAGCGGUGCCGUCGUGGCGGGAUUCGGGGUCGACAAUCAGAAUUACCUGACAGUCAACGGAAAGAGCAGCGCCUUCGGGGUGGAUCCCAACUCGGGCCAGAUCAGGGAGAUCUACCAUCUGGGGAAGGGAUCGGACUCCCAGUACCAGCCGAUUUCGUUGUGGGUGAAGGAAUGCAAGGGGUGUUAGGUGGUGUUGCAUUGGCAUUGUUGGGGCGAGAAGGCUUGCUGUGGCGGUGUGGUUGUGGACAAGUAAUUUGUGGGUAGGACACUGUGGCUUUGAAGGGUGAUUUUGGUGGCGUUGUGACAUUGUGGAAUCAUGGAGAAGAAUGCGUUUACUGUGUAUGGCUUGGUGGAUUCGCAAGGGUUGGUUGAUAUAUUGUAUUGUACUACGUCGAUGACUGCCUUGAAACGCUGGCUACACGGGC